AUGGCAUCUCAAAACCCAGAAAUUAAUUUCCAGGAUUACUUGCCUAUUAUGGCCAACAAACGGGGUGGAGAUGGCUUGAUAGAAGAACUGUGUAAUGGGUUUAAUCUAUUAAUGGAUUCUGAUAAAGGGGUCAUCACUUUCGACAGCCUCAAGAGGAAUUCCGCUUUGCUGGGGCUACAGGAUUUUGCCGAUGAGGAUCUUCGCUCCAUGUUGAGAGAGGGUGAUUUUGACGGUGAUGGCGCCCUGAAUCAGUUAGAAUUCUGCGUUUUGAUGUUCAGAUUGAGUCCUGAGCUUAUGGAGGGAUCAAAAUUGUGGUUACAGGAAGUCCUUCAGCAAGAACUCAAAGAUUAUGUCUGA